AUGAUGAAUGUGAAUGAAAGUGAGGUUGCAUUGAAAUAUAUGGGAGAAAAUUAUUAUCAAGAUUCAUUGAAUAUCAUGAUCAAAGGGCUAUAUAUUGAGAUGGAGAGAGUCCUAAAUAUCUUAACAAGCAUUGAUUUUUCAAACAAUAGUUUCAGAGGAGAGAUGCCAAAGAUAAUUGGAAGGCUUAAAUCACUCAAGGGGCUCAACUUUUCUCACAAUAACCUUAUAGGUCAUAUUCCACCAUCAUUUGGAAAUUUGACCAAUCUUGAAUGGUUAGACCUCUCUUUCAACAAGCUCGGUGGGGAGAUUCCUAGUCAAUUGGCAGAUCUAACGUGGCUUGAAGUCUUAAAGCUAUCACAUAACCAACUCAUAGGACACAUACCUUCAGGAACUCAAUUCAAUACAUUCAACAAUGAUUCAUAUAUUGAAAAUUUGGGAUUGUGUGGGUUUCCAUUGUCAAAAACAUGCGAUAACCACGAGGCAAAGCAACCCCCACCAUUGACCUUGCAACAAGAUGAAAAUUUAGAGCAUGAAAAUGGGUUUGGUUGGCAAGCUGUAUCCAUAGGUUACGCAUGUGGAACAAUAUUCGGAAUGUUAAUGGGAUAUCUUAUGUUUAAAAUUGAAAAACCAAAGUGCCUUGUGAGGAUGGUCAAAUUAGAGCAACAUAUCAUGCUCAGAAGAUUGAAGAAGAAGGCUCACAAACGUGAUGGAAGAAGAUAA